CAGGAGAAAGGAAUGUGUGCAGCGUCUGGACUGGACAGGGCCACUUUGGGCGGAAACCACAACACGCCGGCAGCAUUUAGAGGCAGCUUGUAACCGCGGAGGGAAGGAACGUGGGAGAGACGCGCAGAACGCUGGGAGCGGACGCAAGGAUUAUUAACUGCGGUCCAGUUUUUGGCAUUUAGUUUCAAAUAGAAGAGCCAGGAUUCCGCCAGCAAGAUGCCUUUAGUGGAUCGGAAAUAUUUGCUUUUGGUUCUGGGUUGCCUCUUCUCUGCUGCUGCGUCGGCUUCGAAAAGCAACGCCACAAAUCCACGGACCUUUGUCAUUCGUCGCUACCCAUCCACAGAUGAGCCAAUAGAUAUUCCUACUUAUGAAGGAGAUGAUGAUGAUGAGCAGCUGAACCCUCGUCCAAACCGUACAGUGUUGAAUGGAACAGAAUCUAGAUUUGGUCUCUCUGAUCAGGCACGUCUGUUUCUGACCGGCCCCGUUUCCACGAUCCUCAUGCCUUCCUUCUACACCUUGGUGUGCUGCAUCAGCGUGCCCAUCAACUUUGGCGCCGUAAUGGCCUUCGCUCUGGGUAUUCGGCCCAAGAAGCCAGCAGCCAUCUUCAUGCUGAACCUGGCCUCCGCCGACCUGCUCUUUGGCCUCACGCUUCCCUUCAAGAUCAUCUACCACUUUGAGGGCAACGACUGGAUAUUCGGCUCGCUCCUGUGCCGAGUAGUCACCGGCGGCUUUUACUGGAACAUGUACUGCUCCGUCCUUCUCAUAGCCUGCAUCAGCGUGGACCGGUUCCUUGCAGUCGUCUACCCUAUUGACUCCCUGGCUUGGAGGAGGCCAAAGAACACCAUCAUAGCCUGUGUAGCCAUGUGGGUCCUGUCCUUCGCUGCCUCUCUGCCUCUUGUUGUCUCCGACCAGACGGUUCACCUCGAGGAAUUGAAUAUCACCACCUGCCAUGACGUCCAGUACCACGAUGAGAAUUUCUGGUUGCACACGUAUUUCAUUGUCAUCUUUUUCUCCCUAUUCCUAUUGCCUUUUAUCGUCACAGUGGGGUCCUACGCAAAAGUUAUCUGGAGACUGAGCAGUGUGCCACGUGGGCUUCCAGGCAGCUCCCGCAAAAAAACAAGAGCUGUGGUGAUGGCCUUGACGGUGUUGAUGAUUUUUGUCCUGUGCUUCAUGCCUACAAACUGCUUCCUGCUGGCACACUACUGGCUGUUUAAGGGACUCGAGGACGUCCGCGAGGCCCCCGACGGCUCCUACGGGUUCUACUUGAUGUUUUUGUGUUUGGGCAGUCUGAACUGCCUCCUCGAUCCCCUCGCCUACUACUUUGGCUCUUCCCAGUGUCAGAGACAACUGUCCAGAAUGCUGAAGUGUAGAAGGUCCACGGAGAAGGGCAGCAUCACCCAUUCGUCGUCUGACUCGUGCAGAUCUAGCACCAGACCCAUUCUGAAACACAGGCACACGGAAUCCUCCAAAAUAACAUCAUCUGUAACCAAAACGGACUCAUUGGAAGCAAACCUCGACAGUCAGUACAAUAAACUGCUGGUCUGAUCACGGUCACCCUGAGGAGGGGAUAGGGGGGCCGUUUUAACUGAGUCUUACCUCCUGACGUUUGACGUGCAGAAACACAAAGUUGUGAAGUAAAGGUUACUCCAUGCGGUUGAAUACUUAGUGUUCAGAACUCCGUAGGAAUGUUUUUUUGUGAGAUUUACUUAAAAUGGAAGUUAACCAAACUCCUUGUGCUACUAGAAACGAUAGAUAUAGAUUUGUUUCACAAGGAGAACUCUACACUCCCAGAUGUAACAUCCAGGACCUUAGUGAAGCUAAAUCUGUUAUUAAAUGUAGAAUUUGAGAAGGACAUGCUUUACUUUUUGCACUGUAUAUUUACAUUUGCACAUAUUAUUAGAUAUCCAUUAAGUAUGUAAACAGGCUGUUACAUUUUUUUUAUAUAUAUUUUUUAGGAUUUAAAAUGAGCUUAGUUUUAAGCACUCUGUAAAGCUAUUGACCAUGUAUUAUCUUUUUACAAAUGUAUACCUUUUAUUACGCGUGUAUUUUUUUUAUAUUUUUUCAUCUCUAAAUAAAUGUUUUAGACCCAA